GACCGACGCUGAGCAUAACGACGACGACGACCACCGCCCAAUCCUCAGCGCAUGCGGGCGACGAUCUAGACAGCCUACUCACCUCCUGAUGCACCAAGACGACUUUGACCUGACUUACAAUCCUUUCGACGACGACGACGACAACAAUGACAAGACUCAUGAGCUGACCGGCAGGGCCCAGGGACGCCAGUAUAUUGGCUCAGCUUUCUUAUCCAACAUUACAGCACCAGCACUCACCAGGCGAAGGUCAUCAGCGAGCGAAUCACAGUCGUCAUCCAGGAGUACCAUCCGUCGACGCCAUAGGCGAUCACGAUCGGACCUGCGUCUCGACACUGACCAAGACGAUUCAGAGGAACCGCCACCACUCAGUGGUCACCCUUUGAAGUCAGCGCACCGAAGGUCUGGGGAUUUCCAGGACUUUGGGAUAACCAGGCCCCACCUAUCGCGAGCUGUUCAAAGUAGUUCUGUGGACAGUAGUCUGUUCGGUGGGAGUUCUGAUACUGAUGACGGAUACCCAACUUUGAAGGAGCCUCAUACCGAGGUUCUGGUGACUACUUCGGACUCGUUGGCUGGGGUAUCGUUAAAGUAUGGAAUCGAUCUGACCGAACUUCGAAAGGCCAAUCAGCUUUGGCCUAACGAUUCAAUCCACCUUCGUGAAACCCUCUUCAUACCUCUACAUCGAGCUUCAAGAGCACACGAAUAUGUUGUACGCUCGCCCAGCGCAUCCACAACCGAUAUCACCCUGGAAUCUAGCGGAGCAUCUACCCAUUCUGCGAACAGCCUAACGCAUUCAGAACCUACUCCUCCAUCCUCGACCUCGUCAACAGGAACCAAUGUCCUUCGAGUACCUGUCUCACAGCUAUCGUUUUUCCCCCCUUCUUCGAACAGGAACAAUCUCGCCGCUGGAGUCUCAUCCUGUUCGCCAGAACCUCCUGCCAGUCAUCCUGGCACCCCUUCCAAAUCCGUAACGCAUCCACCGCGGAAUACGACAGCACCCAACCACUCCUUAUCGUCAUUUCUUAACGUACUGCCCAUCGCUGCCUCUACGCGAGACGAGAUUGUCUCUCGAUUAUCCUUGGACAGCGUCAGUUCCAGCUACAGCGACCGAACUCGCUCGAGGCGGACGAGCUCUGAAUACAGCCCGGGUCAUGAACUUUAUAGCGUCACUCGCACCGCAGGAAUGCCAGUUCAACGCAACCACCAACAACCAGAUCCUCAUCCCGAUACCCAGCAGACUCCCAAGAUCUCCCAGCGGGUGAACGACGAUCAACUAAGAGGAGCCUCCGACCCGCAUGGUUCCUUGGCCCUGGGCACUCGUCAGCAUCCGGGAUAUAGCCGCCCAAAGCUCUCGACAUCUCCUCCUCUAUCUUACGUGCCUCAGGUCCACAACCCUUACGUUCGGACAGCCCAGAUGGAGCCGUCACCAGGAAUGAAGGUUCCUUUUUUGAGGAGCAAUGUGGAUGGCCAUACGGACAGGUCGUUGGACAUCAAGCGCUCACCGUUUGCUACACCGGUCGGGAACGGUACUCAACCGACGACCUUCCGCGCUACCAGGGACGUGACCUAG